GUGGGCUAUUUGUGUCCAACACUGAGCCGUUUGGGUCACUCGGAUGUGGCCUACCGUUUGCUACUACAGGAUACAUACCCCUCGUGGGGAUAUAGUAUUAAAUACAACGCGACCACUAUAUGGGAGCGUUGGGACGGAUGGACACAAGAAAAGGGAUUUCAAGACCCGGCUAUGAAUUCAUUCAAUCACUACUCUUUGGGAUCAGUCGGUCGAUGGCUCUUCCAAUCGGUGGCCGGUAUUGACACUCACGAGGAAGGCGUGGGAUUCAAGAGUAUAGUAAUCGCACCGAAACCCGGCGGUAAUCUCCAUAAAAUGACGGCUCGGUAUCAGUCUAUCAAUGGAUUAAUUGGGAUGAGUUGGGAGACUAACGGCGCGAACAUUACUUUAACAAUCGAUAUUCCGGUCAAUACUAAAGCAUUCAUUGAUUUAUCAUUUCUGAAGCAACCCAUUCACACAAAUGUGGGCUCCGGUAGUUAUAUCAAAGAUAACCAAUACUUGGAUCAGAUUCACAAAACCAGCGUUGUCCUCGCGUUAGCCCUAUGUUGUGGAUGUAUUGCAUUCAUUGUGUCGAUAUGUCUGAAGUCCGGUCAAAAGAUCCUCAAACCAAAUGAGACGAAAGUGCAUGUGAUUAACCCUAACGCCCCUCAACCCAAUCCACUCCCUGAUCCGAAUGAAAAA